UAUAAUUGAUGGCUUAUUGAUAUAAUGGUUGGUCAAACUGAAUUAUUAGUCUUCAGUUCAUGCAACACUGAGUCUUACGUUCAGUUAUAUUUCAGUUUAAUUUUAAUUUCUUUAUAUUUUUAUUUGUUGGCUCGUCAAUUGAACACGAUUGCAAUGGAUAAUUCCAAGAAUUCUCUUCUGCAUACUGCAUUGCAGUAUGAUUUAUUUUUCAAUAAUGUCAAGUCACUUCUCAGUACAUCAAUUGAAAACGAUUACUUGAUAAAGUUGAAACUUAUUGAAGAACUGAUGAGUAAAAUUGGUGAUGAGGAUGUUGAUAGAAAUAUUAUGAAAGAACAGUUAAAGUCACUUCAGGAAGAAUGUGACAAGUUCUCAUAUAAAUUAAAAACAUCAGCUCGAUUGUUAGAUGAAAUUCAAUUAGAAAAAUCAAAAAUUGAAUAUGAGAGAGACUGUUUAAAAACGCAGCUUGAUGAAUUAUACAGUGUGUUAAAAAAACCUAACCCUGAAGUGUUAUUUCAAUCAUCAUCCAAAGAUAAACAGUCAACUAAAAAUAAACAUUUAGACAAUACAGAUGCCAUGUUGUCUGAUUUAAGCUAUAGUCGUACAGAUAGUUCAAAUGUAAGUUUAGAUAGGAGUGACAGCAGUAUUCAUGUGAAAAACGAUGAUAUUAAAAUAGAUUUUAAAGAAUCAAAGCAACCUAAAGUUAAUGUUCAUAAUAAUGAAAAGAAUACUAAAUCAUGCAAGUCCACUACAGUAAACAUAAAUGGAGGACAAAUCAUAGCUACAACAACUGUGACAAUGAACUCUGGUACUAUUCAUGCAUCAUCAGUCAUUAAAUCUCAAGAGAAUCCUGAAACAGUAUUUUCAUCAAAGUCUACAUUUACUGGUUCAAUUGAAUCCUUAUCAUCUAAUGAAAUUGAAACACCUAAUAAAGACAAAAUAUCUUCUGAUAAUACAGACCAUGUUGAAAAAAAGCAUAAUUUUGUCAAAAAAAAAGUUGUCAUUACUGAAUUAUGUGGGCAUUGUUUAAAAAAAGUUAAAUUUAAUAGCUAUAUGUUCAAAUGUUUUGAAUGUAAAAUUGUUGUUCAUACAGAAUGUAAGGACCAAUUUUCUGUCUCAUGUACACUUCAUAGUAGGAAUCAGAAUGCAUUAAAUGGUGGAGUUUCUCCUAUAAUUGUUCAUUGUAUCAAUGAAAUUGAAAAGAGAGGAUUAGAGAUUGUUGGAUUAUAUAGAAUUUCUGGCUCAGAAAAAGAAAUAAAACUAUUGAAAGAAAAAUUUAAUAAUAGCCUUCCGUGUUUAGAUAGUGUGGAUAUUCAUGUAUUGUGUAGUUAUCUCAAAGAAUAUAUCCGUACACAAAAUACACACUUAAUAUCGGAAGCCAUUCUAGUGAAGUUUGGUGAAGCUGUUCAAAAUUUUCAUACAAUUAGUCUGUCAUUAAAUCGUAUUGUAUUUCAAUUACCAUCUGUUAAUCGUAUUACUCUUGCCUAUUUGAUACUUCACUUGCAAAAGGUUGCUCGUUCCAAAAGUUGUAAUAUGGAUGUCAAUAAUUUAGCCAUUGUUUUUGGACCAACAAUUGUAGGAUAUUCAAGCUCACAUUUGAAUGAUCUAUAUGUUAAAUCUAAAAUAAGUGCAAAAGUUAUUAAAGAGUUGAUAAAAUUGCCCUCAAGUUUUUGGUUAAGCAUAGUUAAUAAUGAUUCAAUAUCAUCUGAUGAGGCAGUACAUAGUACGCCUAGCCAUAAUAAAUUACAGACACCAUCUUCAUCAUCUCGUCGAUUUUUUCCAUCGGGAAUAAAAAGACGUAUUCUAGAAUCUCCCAAGUCUGCAAAACAAGUAAAAAUUGGUAAGAGUUGUAGUCAAGAUAAAGUAUGAAAUUACGGCAAAAAUAAGUUUGAUAUAUUGUUUUAUUCUUAUAAUUUUAUUAUAUCUUAAAAAUUUUAAUUUUUAACUUAGUUAAAGUCAAUGUUUGUUUAUAAUUAAUAUUUGAAUAACAUAAUGUAAAUUUUAUAUUUGUUAAAUUAGAUGACUUACUUGUUUAUUCUA